AUGGAGAAAAUUGAACACCGCGCCGUUAUUAAGUUCCUUACCAAGCAAGGAAAAUCCGCUCAGAUUAUUUUUCAAGAGCUGUUGGCUGUUUACGGGGACUCUGCCCCUGGAAAAACCAUGGUUUACAAGUGGCAUGGUCUUUUCAAACAAGGAAGAGAGUCCAUUGAAGAUGAUCCACGCUCCGGACGGCCAAUUGAGGCCACCACUUCGGAAAUCGUCGAAAAAGUAGAAAAACUUGUAUUGGAAGAUGCCCGGUUGAAGAAGAAGCAGCUUGCAGCAAUGAUUGGAGUAUCCGAAACCAUUAUUUUGAAUAUUCUACAUGAUCAUCUUGGCAUGACUAAGGUCAGUGCAAGAUGGGUUCCGAGAAUGCUCACGCCACUUCAAAAACGUGAACGUGUCGAGUUUUCUCGUCAGUUUUUGGAGCUCUGUGGAGAGAGAAAGGAAGAAAUUAUGGCCCGGAUUGUUACUGGUGAUGAAACCUGGGUUCACCACUAUGAACCUGAGUCGAAGCAAGAGUCGAUGCAGUGGCUUAAAAAAGGCACACCUCCUCCAAAGAAGUACAAAGUGACACAAUCGGCUGGCAAGAUCAUGGCGACUGUCUUUUGGGAUACAGAAGGCAUUUUAUUGAUCGAUUACAAAGAACGUGGUGUGACUAUAACGGGACAGUACUACGCUUCUUUACUGGAAAGAUUAAAAGAAGCUAUUAAGGAAAAAAGAAGAGGAAAGUUGUCAAAAGGUGUGCUCCUUCUGCACGACAACGCACCCGUUCACACGAGCCAUGUUGCGACGGCUGCCAUUCACCGAUGCAGCUUCGAACAAUUGAACCACCCACCCUACAGUCCAGACCUGGCACGCAGUGACUAUUAUCUAUUUCCAAAAAUGAAAAAAGAGCUGCGUGGAAAAAAAAUUUGGCGACGAUGA